AAGACGUUAAGGGGGGUGCGUAAUGCAGGGCAGCGCCCCUGGACAAACUAUUCGUUCGCAGUUUCCUGUAUUACGUCCACAGCUGGCAUAACAAGUACAUUGACAUGAGCGAAGGAGAUGAUGCCAGAAGUGCUGGAAAUCAUCCAUCAACAUUUUAUGGUGUCAACCUAGGUCUGCCUGAAGGUGCCCAAAGACCAGAGGAUGUUCCGCUGGUGUGCACCAGCAUCCAGGAGGUGCAGGCGGCGGUGCGCACGCACAAGACGGCCCGCUUCAAGCAGUUCACGUGUCGCGAGCUGGCGGCCGUCUACAGCGGCCAGAGACUGGAGCCGGCCGAGCCCACGUCGCCCGCGGCCGCGCCGGCCGCCGCCGCGGGCGGCGAGAAGCCGUCCCCCUUCAGGAACCCCACCCGGCCGGAGUUUCAGGCGUUCCGCUCGCUGGUGGAGCACGGCGACGAGGCGGCCGCCGUCGCCGAGCCCGGCUUCUUCCGCAUCCUCUACCCGGACGAUGAGCCCGAGGUGGCAUCCGCGCGCGCCAGGCGGGUCACCGACCUCUACCUGAACGUGCCGACCAAGGGCACGUACGAGACGCCGCUCCACCUGGCCUCCAAGCUCGGUCACGUGGAGGUGGUGCGCGAGCUGGUGCGGCACCCGGCCUGCAAGCGCGACGUCCGCAACAAGUUCGGCGAGACGCCCGAGCAGGUGAUCUGCAAGCAAAGCAAGGGCGGCGAGUCUGCGGACGCGGCGCGCCAGCUGGCGUUCUUGCUGCAGGACCCGUACUACGUGCAGGUGCUGGCAGACGCGGACGGCUGCGAGCCGCCCGUGCUGGCGCCGCCCUGCUCGCCACAGCAGGGCAGGCCAGUCGGGGAGUCCCCGGUGCAGAGUCCGGACUCGCCGCUAGGCUCGCCGGUGGGCUCGCCGCUGCGGCCGCGCGCCUGGGCCGGCCCCAUGCCGCGCCAGCUGGCGGACGAGUUCCACCGCCGUUGGCGCUCGCCGCUGAGCGUCAGCCCGCUCCGCAGCCGCAAGGCGCACGCCCUGGACGACGUUCGACUGAGCGACGCCAGCAAGGGCUGGGAACGGGUCGGCCGCGGGCUGGCGUCCGAGCUGGCGGUGGAGUGGCGCGAGUACUGGCCGUUCCUGGACCGGCACCUGGACAUCGGCUCCCAGGCGGGGCUGCAGGCGCUCGAGGAGCACCUGCACCGGCAGGGCUGCGCGGUGCUCGACACGCAAUCCUUGCCGGUACUCUUCCAAACACUCCGCCGCGCUGAGUGCGGGCGCUGA